AGGCGCAGUGCCGCCAUGGCGGGCGGGGGCACGGCUGGGCGCUUGCUGGCGCGCGUGGGGCAGGGGGCGCGGGCUGCGGGGUGGCGGCGGCCGCUGGGCCCCGAGGAGACGCUGAGGCUGCUGGAGGCCUCCGUGGUGCACCGGGAAGGAGCUCUGCUGGCACUGAGCAAGCCCCCCGGCCUGCCCAUCCUGGGGCGCCCCGGGGAUCUGAGCCUGACAGCGCUGCUGCCAGCUCUGAGGCGGCGCCUGGGCCUCCAAGCCGAGCUCCACCUGGUGAAGGGUCCUGCCAGGGAGUGCUCUGGCCUCGCCCUCUUCUCUGGUUGCCACCGCACCACCGAGCAGCUCCAGCGAUUCUUCACCGAUGCCAGACGGAGAGGCCAGUACCCCACCACGUACCACGCCGUCACUGUGGGGGUCCCGGCAGAGGCAGAGGGUGAGAUCCGCACUGGGCUGCGCUGGCAGCAGCAGGGUGACACUGCUGUGGUGGUACCUGUGCCAGCCCCGGGACGCCGCAGCCUGGCCAGGAAGGAGGUGAAAAACACCUUGACACGCUACCGGGUGCUGGGCACCUCAGGGGGCUGCAGCCUGCUCCAGCUCCAGCCCAGGACAGCCUUCCCAGAGCAACUCCCAGUGCACCUGACCCUGCUGCUGUGCCCGGCGCUGGGUGACCACCAGUACUCAUCCCGUGUGGGCAGGGUGCUGGGGGUGCCCUUCCUCCUGCCCCCCGAGACUGCCCCGACCCGCACACAGGUGCUGGACAAGGAGCUGCUGGGCCGGCUGGGGCUCUCCCUGCAGCAGCUCAGUCGCCUCCCACUCCACAUCCACCUGCAGCGGCUGGAGCUGCCCCAGGGCCCACUCUGUGCCCCCCCGCCACCCACCUUCCUCCGCACCCUGCAGUGCCUUGGGCUCCCCAGCCACCAGGAACCCUAGCACUGAAGGGAGGACCCCCACCCUGCUCCCCUCUGCCAUCCCAUUAAAACCUCAUCCGUCA